UCGUAGCUAGUUCAGUUAGUGCUUUUUUUACCUCGCAGACGACCGGUAUUCGUUCGUCUUUGUUGUUUAAUUAUUUGAGAAGCACAUCAGCAUUAAAAUGUUACGAAACAUUGUUAAAAUUGUGCGACUGCAAAAAGCUAAUUUCGCUACUGCUACAGCUCCAGCACCUCACACUAACCCUGAAAUUUUGUACACAGGUUUAUUCAUCAACAAUGAAUGGGUGAAGUCAUCAGAUGGCAAAACUUUCAAGACAGAGAACCCGGCUAUAGGGGAAGUGAUCGCAGACGUGCAGCAGGCUGGCAAGACUGACGUAGAUAUUGCAGUCAAAGCUGCCAAUGAUGCUUUUAAGCUGGGAUCACCGUGGAGGCGCAUGGAUGCAUCGGAGCGCGGAUACCUCCUCAACAGGUUGGCGGACCUCGUCGAGAGAGACAGGACUUACUUGGCGAGUUUAGAGACGUUCGACAACGGCAAGCCAUACACGGCGGCGUAUUACGGGGACGUGGCGGCCGUGAUCAAGAACCUGCGCUACUACGCCGGCUGGGCCGACAAGAACCACGGCCACGUGCUGCCUGCCGACGGGAAGUACUUCACCUACACGCGCCACGAGCCCGUCGGUGUAUGCGGACAGAUCAUCCCAUGGAACUUCCCUCUUUUAAUGGCUGCUUGGAAACUCGGCCCGGCGCUGGCCACCGGCAACUGCGUCGUCAUGAAGCCCGCGGAGCAGACGCCGCUCACCGCGCUCUAUCUAGCUCAGCUGGUUAAGGAGGCUGGAUUUCCCCCGGGCGUGGUCAACAUGCUGCCGGGCUUCGGCGACGCGGGCGCCGCGCUCGUCGACCACCCCGACGUCAAUAAGAUCGCCUUCACUGGUUCCACCGAGGUAGGCAAGCUGAUCCAGCGCGGCGCGGCAGACUCCAUCAAGCGCAUAACUCUGGAGUUGGGCGGCAAGUCGCCCAACAUCAUCUUCGGCGACGUCGACCUGCCCAAGGCGGUCGAGGCUGCUCAUAUGGCUCUGUUUUAUAAUAUGGGCCAGUGCUGCUGCGCUGCUCGUUUCAUCCACGAAGACGCGCCCCACCAUUCUUCCGCUAAUGUUAGAGUGUUAUCAAUCGAUAGCGAGCAGCAAACUAAAAUCUUAAGCCUAAUCGAGAGCGGCAAGAAGCAAGGCGCGGCCCUGGCCGCAGGCGGCUCCCGCGCGGGCGACCGCGGAUACUUCGUGCAGCCUACUGUCUUCGCCAACGUGAAGGACGACAUGGAUAUCGCUAAGACUGAGAUCUUCGGCCCCGUGCAGCAGAUCCUGAAGUUUUCCUCCAUCGAGGAGGUAGUGCAGCGCGCCAACCGCUCGGAGUAUGGGCUAGCAGCCGCCAUCUUUAGCAAAGACCUCGACCGCGUCAACUACCUCACGCAGGCAAUCCGGGCGGGUACAAUCUGGGUGAACGACUACAACGUAUUCGCGAACCAAGUGCCAUUCGGCGGCUACAAGCAGUCAGGUAUCGGCCGCGAGAAUGGACCAUACGGGCUGGCCAACUACACAGAAGUCAAGGCCGUCGUGGUCAAACUUACUGACAAGAACUCAUAAGCGGGACAACAGAAUUUUAGCUUUUGAUUGUACAGACGCCAGCACAUCAGUAUAAACUUUGGGGGUCUCAUAUAGUCAUAAUAGGAUUGAUUUGCAAGAAAAAUGUGCGAUCUGUCCUUUUUGUUUGAAAAUUAUACUUAUUAUAUUAGUACUCCAUAUGAUACCAUAAUGUUUUAAACUAUUAUGUUGCAUUUUUUACUAUAAAAUUAUCACUUCACGGGAUUUAUUGCAACAAUAUCUAUUUUAACGCCCGCGACCAUGACUCGUGCAACCGAGCCGAAACGUCGGGAGGGUAAAUAUUAUUUACCGUUAAAAUAGAUAUUGUUGCAAUAAAUCCCGUGAAGUGAUAAUUUUAUACCAUAAUGUGCCUUUAGCAUGAUGUGCAGUCGUCUAUACAUAAUUGAAGAUCGACCUACCGCGACACUUUUUAGGAUUACGAAUUACGAUCGAUGUGGCUAUAGUUAUUAGAUAGCGUGCUACUUUGAAGCCCGUUGUCAUCUGACGCCUAUUUCUAUAUCCUAGGGCUGGCACUAAGCUACUUAUACAAAACACUUAACUCAAGUUAACUAACUAAUUAACUCACUUAACUUUUCGUUCCGAUAUAAUUAGGUAACGU